CACACCACUUCUCCAGUUUUCACCCGAUGUUGCGAACCAUCAGCAUUCUCCGGCGACGCCAACCCUUCUCUUCCGUCUCUGCGCAAACCCCACCGCGCGAAUGGAUCGAGCCCUUCAUCGACCUCUCGGGCCUCUCCUCCGGCGGCGAACACCCCACUCCAUCGCCCUAUCUCCACUCCAUCCUCUCCAUCAUCCUUCAGUCCCCUCCCCAAUCCCUCUCUUCCAACCUCUCCUCCUUCUGUCACUCCCAUCUCAUCCACCUUUCCCCUUCCUUCGUCUCCGCCGCCCUCCGCCACCCCUCCCUCCGCCCCCUCCCCUCCUCCGCCCUCCUCUUCUUCCGCUGGGCCUCUCUCCAACCCCAUUUUGUCCCUUCUCUACCCUGCUUCGUCUCUCUCAUUCAUCUGCUUUCGUCCUCCCCUGAUCCCUCCCCAAUCCGCGAUCUCAUCUCCGACCUCCGCCAGCGUGACCUCCCCCUUACCCUCUCCGCCGCCAGCUCCUUGAUCAAGAGCCUCGGUGGUGCCUCCAUGCUUGAUGAACUCCUCUGGGUUCUCCGCCGUAUGAAGGAGUCCGGCCUCCAGCCUACUCUUCUCACCUACAAUUGCCUCCUCGACGCCCUUGUCAACUCCGACUUCUUGGCCUCUGCCGAGCGGGUCUUCGAUUCCAUGCCGGACGCCGGCAUCCCUCCGGAUGUCGUCUCUUACAACACGUUGUUCAAAGGAUAUUGCCGAGCGGGGAGGACGAAGGUGGCGGCGGAGUUGCUCGAUGGGAUGCGAGCCGCGGGUGUGGCGCCGGACAAGAUCACAUUUUUGACUCUCAUGCAGUGCUAUUACGCCGACGGGGACUACGGUAAGUGCACAAUGCUAUUAAAUGAGACGGAGGAGAAAGGGUUGGAGAUCCCAAUGCACGCUUAUAGUCUUGUGAUUGCUGGACUCUGUAAGGAUUGCAAGCCGUUCGAAGGUUUGUCAGUGUUGGAGAAGAUGGUGGGAAGAAGCUGUAAGCCUAAUGUGGCUAUCUAUACUGCGAUCAUGGAUGCGUUCGCCAAGGUUGGGAAUGAGAAGCAGGCAAUGGUGGUCUUUGAUAGGAUGAAGGAGGACGGGCUUGAGCCUGAUGAGGUCGCCUAUGGUGUUGUUGUGAAUUGUUUUUGCAAGAAUGGGAGGUUGCAGGAGGCCAUGGACUGCUUUGAGCUUUGCAAAAGGAAAGGUUUGACUGUGAAUGCUGUGUUUUAUUCCAGUUUGAUUGAUGGAUUUGGUAAGGUUGGCAUGGUAAGGGACGCACAGAAGGUAUUUGAUGAAAUGACUGAGAGGGGGAUUGUGCCUGAUUCUCAUUGCUACAAUGCGCUUAUAGAUGCUUAUGGGAAGGCGGGAAUGGUCGACGAAGCUAUGGAUUUGUUUAAGAGAAUGGAGAAGGAAGGAUGUGAUCAAACAGUUUAUACGUAUACUAUUCUCAUUGAUGGGUUGUUCAGAAAGCGUAAGAAUGAAGAGGCAUUGAAGGUGUGGAACAUGAUGAUUGAUAGAGGCAUCACUCCAACUCCGGCGUCUUUUAGAGCCCUUUCGACAGGGCUUUGUCUUUCAGGGAAGUUCGCCCGGGCUUGUAGAGUAUUGGAUGAGCUAGCUCCGAUGGGAGUGAUACCUGAGACUGCGCAUGAGGAUAUGCUUAAUGUGCUUUGUAAGGCAGGUAGGAUUGAGCAUGCUUGCAAGUUGGCUGAUGGCAUUGUUGAUAAAGGCAGGGAAGUUCCGGGGAAGGUUCGGACAGUGAUGAUUAAUGCAUUGAGGAAAGCGGGAAAUGCCGACCUGGCUAUAAAACUCUUGCAUAGUAAGAUAGGAAUAGGGUAUGACAGGUUUGGCAGCUUCAAAAGGCGAGUUAAAUUCCAAUCUCUGUUGCAAAUCUAGCAGCGGAAAAUGCAAAUUAUUGAACCUUAUGUCAAUUAUGAAUGUCAGUGACUAUUGGUACAUUCAAAUAGCUCACUGGGGAGACACUGAACAAGAAACAUUAUCUAAAAGAAGAUGGUUACUUCUUUGACAUAAAUCAAGGUUUGUUUUUGAGACAACCGAAAAAUAGUGACAGUGUAGCAAACAAAGUUUCAACAUGAACAACUUGCCGGACAUGGAGGACAUUUAUUUAUUUAUUUAUUUUUCUGAAGAAUUAUCAGCUUUAUCGAAAAUGUAGAGUAUGGAAAUGGAGCUUGAUUUUGAGUAUCUGUUGCCAAUGGUAGGAGCAAUGUAUGUGAAAGCAAAAGUAGUGGUUAGCAUUUUUCUACAAAACAAAACUGAACUGUUCAUUCCAGGGUCCUGAACAAAGGAUGGUGCUGAUGCACAACAUAGUAAAUUCGAACAACUUGGAAGCUUUGUGAAUAAUUGUCAGUUGCAUUGGCUGCUCUUUAUCUUCAAAACUAAAUUCUAACCUCUGUUGAUUGCUGGUUGCCCAAAAUGCAAAUUUGGAACCUGAACUCAUACUGUUGUUGGCCACUUAUUGGCACUAUGAAAUAACUGGAUGACAUUGGCUAUUGUUUGGAGAGAUUCAAAGAUUGGAGAAAUAGAUGUUCAUAUUAAGUCUUUGGAAUUCUGAAUCCCUUGAUGGAUGUGCAGACAAUGAGCAAUCAGUUUCCAUACUGUAUUGUUACUGUUCCAUUCCAUCAUGUGCAAUCACAGUAUCAUCUCUACCUCCAAAUCUCCAAUGAAGUGUUAAUUUGUGAUAUCAAAUGAUGUGGAGCAUGCAACUCGCCUCAUUUUUGUAGACGUUACUGUAUAACACUAAA